CCUUUGACCUCACAGCUGUGCCGCUUCACCACGCCUGUCCCGCACCUGGCCGUGUACUCGGGCGUGGCCGAGCCGCCCGGCCCCGCCCCCGGCCCCGCCCCCGGCCACGCCCACGCCUCGCCCUCGCUGCCCUUCCUGGCCCACAGCCCCGUGUGCCCGUCGCCCAUCAGCGUGGCGCUGGACAGCACCUCGGCCUCCGGCGACGGGAACCCGGAGGCGCGGGCGCCGGCGGCCGGGCCCGCGCCCCGGUCCCGCGUGGCGCUGUCUCUGCGCCGGCUGCUGAGGAGGAGCUGCGCGCCCUCCGCCAUGUUCGCCAGCCUGUCGCCCAAAUGCCAGUCGGCCGGCGGGACGAGCAGCCGCGUCCAGCGCGUGGGGCCGGAGCAGCCGGGCCAGGCUCCUCCCAGACGGACCGGCAAUUUCUUCCAGAUUAAAGUGGACAUCCCCCCCGAGUGCCGCAUCUACCCCAUCGAGUCUGAGGACGAGGACGAGGAGGCCAGGGCCGCUUCCCGAGGGGUCGGCGCCAAAGAGAUCAUCUGCCCCUGGGAGAGUCUGACGCCGCACAACGGCGCCAGCUAACGGGCUGCCGCCUGUUAACGCGGCCUUGAACCUGUGUGUGAGCAGGCUGGAAGCAGGUCGGACGUCUCACACAGGACUUUUCAUGCUCUCCACCGGAAACAGACACAUCCAGCCGGGACUGGUGGUUUCCUGCCUGCUGACGGACGCCUUAUCGCCGCCCGCCGUCGCCGGGAGCCUCCUGGAACCCGCAGGUCCGCUUCACUGGCGCUGGUGGACUUUCACAUCCCGAUCUGUAGCCCUCACGCUCCAACCUCAGCCUGCGUCUUGAUUGUAGCUCAGCAGCAGCCUUAUCGGAGGCGUCUCUACCAGUGUCUGAUGCAGCGCCGCACAACUGAAAAUGCAAAUGGAGAAGGUAGAAUGUAGAUCAUAUCGUCUGUGCUCAGAGUCUGUCUGCGCACGUGUCCAGUGAACAAGCGGCAGGCGUGUUCUGGUUCUGCCCCGUAGACGUAGAUGCCUCGUUGCUAGUUUUUUACCUCAUUCCAGGUGAGACGGAAGCACAGCUGGCGGCAGCUCUGUCGUUUCGUCUCCGUGCAGCCGUCGUAGAGCGUGAACAGACAUUAAAUGUCAGAAUGUAUAAUCUCUGUCACGUUUACAGAUGCAAGAAUGUGAAAUAGGUGAAGUGAACAUUCCAUGGCUUGUGUCAAGUGCCUCAAUAAAUAAUCUGACGUGUC